AUGGCACACAAGCUCCCUCAGAUCGGCGUCUUGCAGUCACUGUCCGAAGAUGCUCAGACAAAGACGUUGGAUCUCCUCUUUGAGCCCAGCCCGGCCAUUCACUCGACUCUCUUGCCGGUGGUACGGAACGCCGAAUACUCAUCAUACUCGGAGCUGAUAGAUGAAUGCCGGCCGGCGCUGUUCGAUCUCUCAAGCAAGUCUACGCCAUCCAACCCCAACCCCGUCUUGUUGUCGGUUGUUGGCUCUCACCCACGGCUAGGUUCCAAAAAGGUCGACUCGGCACAGUCAGCUUCGGAGCAAGCCAAUCUUCAAGGCCAGGGAGAGCAGCUCACAGAGCUCAACCGCGAAUAUGAAGAAAAGUUUCCCGGUCUGCGAUUCGUCGUUUUUGUCAACGGCAGAGGGCGGCCUGAGAUUAUGAAGGACAUGAGAGCACGCAUUGACCGCGGGGACUUUGCGAUGGAAGUUGACGCGGCGCUCGAGGCUAUGUGCGACAUUGCAAAGGACAGAGCGUCCAAGCUUUUGGCAUGA